UCUAUUUUAUAAAAGUGCUAUUCUAACGCGUUUGGACAACAUUAAAAUUUUUGCUUAACGCAUUUCAUUCUUUAAUUUUUAGGGUGGUUUUUUGUGUAAACUAAACAAAAUACAUAAGUUUUGUGUCUGAAGCGAAAAAUAACGAUCGAUAUUAUUGUGUAAAACGUGUUAAAUAUUUAAAUUAACGUGCAAUUCAUUCAAAUCAAAUUAAACUACAAAUUCUGUCGUAAACAGAAUACAAAAAAAAACAAACACCAACGAAUAGAAAAAUCUCCACAACCUUCGUGCCAUUCACAAGUGUGGUUUUCAAAUUGAAAAUUUUGAAUUUGUUCUCCUCAAUCGCCGAAAACAAACAGCGCAUGAUACAAGCCAAGAUGGGACUAUUUACAAAUAUAAUCAAAUGGCUGACAUUGUUGGCUGUGGUAACAGAUUUUUCCUCUGUAGCAGCCUUAGCUGCCAAUCCCCCCGAUGCCGACCAGAAAGGACCCGUUUUCCUCAAGGAACCCACCAAUCGCAUUGACUUCUCCAACUCCACCGGUGCCGAAAUUGAAUGCAAAGCCAGCGGUAAUCCCAUGCCUGAAAUUAUUUGGAUUCGUAGCGAUGGCACUGCUGUGGGUGAUGUUCCCGGUUUACGUCAAAUCUCUUCCGAUGGCAAACUAGUGUUCCCUCCCUUCCGUGCCGAAGAUUAUCGCCAAGAAGUUCAUGCUCAAGUUUAUGCCUGUUUGGCUCGCAAUCAAUUUGGUUCGAUUAUAUCGCGUGAUGUUCAUGUUAGAGCCGUGGUCGCCCAAUAUUAUGAUACCGAUGUUAAUAAGGCCUAUGUUAUACGCGGUAAUGCAGCCGUUUUAAAAUGUGAAAUUCCCUCAUUUGUGGCCGACUUUGUUAGUGUGGUCUCGUGGCAUACCGAUCAGAAUGAAGAUUUUAUGCCUGGCACAGAAUAUGUUGUUCAACAAUUUUAUGAAUCCGAGGUAAAUAAUGAAUAUGUUAUUAGAGGCAAUGCAGCGGUGUUAAAGUGUUCCAUACCCUCAUUUGUGGCUGAUUUUGUGCAAGUGAUAUCGUGGCAGGAUGAAAGUGGCGAAUUGUAUGCCACAUUAGAUGAGCAAAAGACAACGGUGGUUAAUCAGUAUUAUGAAGCUGAAGUGGUAUCAGAGUAUGUUAUCAAGGGUAAUACGGCCGUUUUGAAAUGUACCAUACCCUCGUUUGUGGCCGAUUUUGUUAAAGUUGAGGCCUGGUUAGCUAGUGAGGGUACCGAAUACUUACCCACCGAUGAUUUUGUUGUUAAUCAGUAUUAUGGUGCUGAUAUUUUAAUGGAGUAUGUUAUCAAGGGCAAUGCGGCCGUUUUAAAGUGUGCUAUACCAUCGUUUGUGGCCGAUUUUGUUAAAGUUGAAAGUUGGAUAGAUGAAGAGGGCACUGAGUUGAGACCCUCCGAUAAUUAUGUGGUAAAUCAAUUCUAUGAAGCUGAAAUUAUGACCGAAUAUGUUAUAAAAGGCAAUGCGGCCGUUUUGAAAUGUUCCAUACCCUCGUUUGUGGCCGAUUUUGUGCGCGUUGAGUCCUGGAUCGAUGAAGAGGGCAAUGUUUUGACCUUUUCCGAUAAUUACGUCGUUUCACAAUUCUAUAUAACCGAGGCCGAAAACGAAUAUGUAAUCAAAGGCAAUGCCGCGGUUUUAAAGUGUAAAAUACCCUCGUUUGUGGCCGAUUUUGUACAAAUCGAGGCCUGGAUCGAUGAGGAGGGUGUAGAAUUGUGGCGUGAUAAUUCUACACAGGCUUAUGUGGUGAUCCAAUCUUAUGAAUCGGAGGCCGAUAAUGAAUAUGUUAUACGCGGCAAUUCGGUGGUUAUGAAAUGUGAAAUUCCCUCGUAUGUGGCCGAUUUUGUUUUCGUUGAUUUAUGGAUGGAUUCGGAGGGUCAGAAUUAUUAUCCUCAUAGUCCAGAGAUUGUUGUUCAUCAGUUCUAUCAAACUCGCGUUAUCGAUGAAUUCGUUUUAAGAGGCAAUUCGGCCACUUUAAAAUGUUUAGUGCCCUCAUUUGUGGCCGAUUUUAUAAUGAUUGAGUCAUGGGUGGAUGAAGAGGGCCAGGAAAUAUUUAGGUCACAAACAAAUGAGGAAAUGGUUGUUAAACAAUUUUUCGAAUCCCAGGUCUAUGACGAAUAUGUUAUUAAGGGCAAUGCAGCCAUAUUUAAAUGUCAAACUCCCUCCUUUGUGGCCGAUCAUUUAGAAAUAACCGAUUGGUUAGAUACCGAGGGUGGUGUUUAUACCAAAAAUGAAACGGUUGUACCCCAAUCGUACUCUGUUAAUGUUAUGGAUGAGGCGGUUUUGCGUGGCAAUAGUGCCAUCUUAAAAUGUCAUAUACCUUCAUUUGUGGCCGAUUUUAUACAAGUUGCCUCCUGGUUAGAAGAUGAAGAAAGAGAAAUUUUUGCUACCGCCUCAACGGACCUACAAAGUGGUAAAAUAUUGUGUAUUUCUACCAUCUAUCCCUAA